CUCUUUGUAUUUUUCGUAGUUAUAUUAAAAGGGAAUCAAAUAUAUAACAGGUUUUUUGAGAAGGAGAAUAGAGAGAGAAAUAAGGUGUGUGCGAUUUAUUCCGAAGAAAAUUAAAAAAUUGUUUAAAAAAAAAGGUAACCUAUGCUGGGCGCAGAGGCGAGUAGAGUGAAGAUCUGAUGAGGGAUUCGUGAAUCAAUCGAUCGAUAAAGGAAGAGGCUAAGACUUGAUUUGAUAUGAUGAGGACCAUAAGUGGAUGGCGUCGCUUCCUCAUCCUCGUCCCUCUUCUUUUCUUUCUUGCUCACUUCUUCUCCGUUGAUCAAUUGCAUUACAACCCACGACCUGUGCCCAACAAACAAAGCAAAUUCAACCACUUGGUUCUCGGACCUGCUGCCGGCCAAGGCUUGACCAAUCGUCUCCAAUGCCAACCCCAAGGAAUCAAAGCUCUUAACAAAACCCAUUUCUCCUCUGCCACUGCCCCUGCACUUGAUAACAUUCACUUUGUCACCGUCUUUACCCUAUAUAAUUCCAUCCGUCCCGAUUAUCAGUUAUCAAACUUGGUUACAGUUGGCAAUGCUUCUUACACUAAAUUGGAGAGGUCUAUGGCCAUUCUCAAUAUUUUUGUUAACUUCAUCCAGGUGGCAAUGCCCCGGAGCGAUGUAGUGAUUUUAACUGACCCAGCAUCUGAUCUUUCAAUGCACAGAAAUGGGGUCACCAUUUAUCCAAUUCAAGGUGAAUAUUCGCGAGACAAGUUGAUGCUUCAAAGAAUCAGGUCUUACAUUGCCUUCCUAGAAACAAGGAUGGAGGAGGUUUCUCAGAACCAAGGUCAUAUUCAUCAUUACAUCUUCACCGACUCAGAUAUAGCUGUGGUUGAUGAUCUAGGACAUAUAUUUCAUGAUUAUCCAAAUUUUCAUCUGGCGCUGACCUUCCGGAACAACAAAGAACAACCUCUGAAUUCAGGAUUUAUAGCAGUCAGGGGUACUCCUGCUGGCAUUUUAAGGGCAAAGACUUUUCUACAAGAAGUACUGAAAGUUUACAGGUCAAGGUACAUGAAAGCUUCACGGAUGCUUGGGGAUCAGUUGGCCCUUGCCUGGGUGGUCAAGUCACACCCAUCUUUUGAUCCAAAGAAAUUCACUAAAGCCCAAGCUUUCAUAGAAGAUAUCGGCGGUGCUGCAGUGUUAUUUUUACCCUGUGCUGUAUACAAUUGGACACCACCAGAGGGUGCAGGUCAAUUUCAUGGCAUGCCCUUGGAUGUUAAGGUCAUUCAUUUCAAAGGAUCAAGGAAACGACUAAUGCUCGAAUCAUGGAACUUCUUCAGUGCAUCUUCUGACAUUUCAGAUAUGUUGUGUCUGAUAUUGAAGAGUGGGAGAACGAAGUACGAUUUUUAACCAACUCGAUUUUGUUUAACAUAGUUUAUGAGUGGUACCUACAACAAAUUCCAUUGAACUACCUGCUGAUCUAAUUUGAAGAAAGGAAGUAUGCUCUUUACCGCUCACAACAAAUGGCAGCACAAGGUAACUACUUUCUCGUCAGCAAGGUAAUGGUGGCUGCAUCAAAUGCUAUUUCAUGUGUGGUGGAUGGAUUUGAUAGAGAAAAUGCAUGGUUACUGGUGUCUACUUUAACCUUGCACUAGCCCUUUCUUCUUCUUUUUUUUGGAAUUUCUUGAUAUUUUUCUGUAUUGGUAGUGCAAGUAGAUGUCGAAUGAUUCAAACCUCUGAAGUACAAUUAUAGAUUUUUUUUUUUUUUUUGAGAAGAAAAGUAUAAUUAUAGAAUGAGUGUUUUAUUCAAACCUCUCUUCCCAUCUCCCUCCUUUCCUCCCUUGAAGAAAAUUUGAUAUUAGUUUAGAUAACAACUAAAACAAGGGUAAAUGCUUAAAUUUUAGGACUGUUGACUUUCAUGGUAUACCAUGAAAUCUGAAGUAUGGUGCCAUAAGUUUUAGUGCAAGGUUAAAGUAGACACCAUUUGGAAUUUCUUAUGUGCACGACACAUUUUGUUGAGAAUGGCUAGGGCCAUUUGGAAAGUUAAUUUCUUAUUCUCGAAUGCUUGUUGGGAUAAAAUUGCCAAUGCUCAUCACCCGUAGUUGUCUGCCCGAAAAACGGCACAAACUAUAGAAGCUUAAACGUGUCAAUGCUUAUUAUGAGUUAAAUGUUAUAAAGCUUCCAAUGGGUAGUAUAAAUUUUUUUAAAGCAUCA